UGGCUUCCUCGUUUCCCUAAAAACUCAACAACACAAUUUCUUCUAUCAUUCAUUGCUUUUAAAUCGAAACUGAAACUGUUGUUGUUGUUACACUUCUUCAUCUCCUUCCCUUCCCUUCCCUUCACUUAAAAAGAAAAAACCUAAAAGAACAAAACACAUGGAUCCUUCUCAGGACCACUGCAACUCUCCAGGAGGACUAGGAGGAGGAUGUAAUAAGAGUCAUGUGUGCACUAAAUGUGGUUGGAGUUACCCUAACCCACAUCCUAGUGCUAAAAACCGUCGUGCUCACAAGAAGAUCUGUGGAACCAUCAAAGGAUUUGAGAUCUUUGACUCCGAUAAGGCCAAACAUGAUCUUCAUUUUCCUGAUGACCAAAAAACCCCAAGUCCAAGAGUUGUGGGCAAAGGUGAUGAGAGAAUUGGGGAUGUUUCUGAAGAGGAUGUGUUUACUGAUGCUGUUUGUGAGUUUUCUAGAUCUGAUUCUUUCAAGGACGAUACAGCUACUAACUGUGCUGCAAAGGUUACUGAGAAUCCUGGUGAGGCUCCACAGUGCAUUAAUUCAUCAACUGGCUGUGUGAUGAAAAGCUCUGAAGUCGUUCAAGAGAGCUGUGAAGUUCCGCCUGUGGAAUUACUUGACAACUAUGACGCCCCAAGUGCAGUUGAAGCAGCUUCUGAUAAUCGACAAGGUGGAGAGAGUUCUACUGAAGAACGCUCUAUAGCAUCUGAACCAGUGAUUGAGUCGCCACAGGAAGCUCAGGUCAUUGACGGUGGUGAUUCCAUAUCAGAUGUUAGAUUAGAGACAGAAUGCAAAGAAAAUUUAACGGAAGAAUCUGAAUUCAAGUUAGCAUCUGAAUUAAGGAAGAAAGAGGACACCUCAGAUUCAUCAUGGAACGAUGAUGUGAUUUACUCGGACGUGGAUGGUCCCUAUGGAUUUUCAUCAGAAGCAACGAGUAUGACUCAUCCUGGUGAAGCUAGCUGUAUAGUCAGUGAGAAUGUUCCAGUCAAUACUUCUCUGGCAAAAGCUGAUGCAACUCAGGUUACCAGUGCUGGUCAAUCUGUUUCUGAUGAUAUGCCUUUUGUUGAGAGUGCUGAUGUCUCUUUGCAUGGAAUCAAAGGCCUAGUCGAAACGGAAGCAAGUCAUUCUGUGAAUCCUUUUCUUUCUGAGACAUCUAAGGGUGAAGAAUGUGAAACAGAUACUCUUACUGAGGCAGAGAAUUUAAGAAUUCAGCCUGAAGUCUUAAGUAUUGGCUCAGAGGCUCCUUCAUCAGACAAGAUUCUCUUCGGAGACAAAACUGAACCUCAAGGCCAAACUGAUUUGGUUGCGGUCAAGGAAUUUCCCAGUGCAGAGAACAUAAUGAUAUCUAAGAUUGACUCCGAAGAUAUCAAAGAGAAAGCUGAAGAAGGUGUAUCAUCACUAGGGAAUGCACAAACUGUUGAAUCAGAAACCUUGAGAGUUUCUCUACCUGCUAUAGAUUCUAUAGUUGUUGACUCGAAUGCUGAUGUGAGCAGUUCAGCUUACAAAACUGGUUUAGUUGAUCUCGUUGGUCAUGAGAGUGAACUUAUUCAAGCAAAUGUUGUAGCUGAGGAGGGGAACAACCCAAAAGAUACGCUGAGUCCUGAAUCCUCUUACUAUGUUACUCCGCUGUCUGCUAUAUUUGAGGGAGAUGAUGCAAGUGAUCAGAUAAAAAGUUCAACAGAAACAUCUAAAGACUCCGCCCUCCAAAUCGGUGCUGAAAACUCCGAAAGUAAAGAUGAAGUUUGCAGAGAGAUUAACAACGGGACCGUUGUGGAGGAAAGCAGUUUCAUAAACGAAACAAAUCCAAGGGAAUACCCUAUUAGCCAUCCUGGAUCCACAGGCACUGCACCUGAUGACAGUGUUAAAACAGCGAAUCAGAAGUCACUGGAAAGCGGAAGGACAGAAUUCAAUAGAGUUGUUGGUGGCUUGGGGGUAAUUCAAGCAAAUGAGAUUGACGGUAAUGUCAAAGCACACAACUAUUACGCUGAGGUCCCAGUGACUAUAGAAUCAAACGACCAUCGGGAUUUUGGGAGAUUGCAGAAUCUUUCAGAAGCUCACAUUAAAUCUCUGGUUUCAAGUCCACUAGUCAGUAGAAAUAAUGCAUCUAAUGCGUUUGAAUCCAACUUGGGAUCGGUUUCAGGAGUAAGCAGUGGAGUUAACAAACCGGAAAACGUAUCUCAGAACCAAGAGAUCACCUUGGAGAAGACAACAAGCUGGAGCUCAGCAAAGGAGCAACACGUGCCGCUAAAGAACCUUCUGAGUGAAGCAAGAUCACCAAGGGUGCAACAGGAGGCAAAGGCUCAAAAUGAGAGUAACAACAUACCGAGAGUGAGUUCGAUACUGGGACAGGAGACAUCCCCUGAAGACGGUCGCUGGCCAGAGAAAAGAGAAGUGAGUGAGGAAUGGAAUUCGCCAGCAAAGUAUCCAGUGGACUUAAAGAGAGAGGAGAGGAAAGUGAAAGGAAGACCCUUUUGGGUGCCAUUCGUUUGCUGCUCCAAUGUUAAAUAAAGAAACCCUUCUAUUGUAUAAUGGUAGGAGUAUGAUGAAUGGUUCUCAGGAAUUGCUCAGUACAAAGACUUGUUUAGUUCUGAAGUAGUUUGGUUCUUGUAGGGGUUACUAUUGUUGCUUAGGCUUUUUAAUAUACUUUUAUGCAGACCACUUUUCUUUAAAUUUCAUCUUUUACCAUGACUAA